AUGCAUAAGGAGCAAAAAUCUUUUGCGGCAGCUCAGAAGAAAUUCUCCAGUGAUGAGAGACACUUGGCGCAAUUGAUGGCGAAACUAAAAGAUGAUCAAGCCAAGUUUGAAGCUGAGCGGAAGACUGAGGAGUGGUCUGUUGCUGGUUGGAAAAGAAAGGCUGAAGCUGAAGCUGCUCUUCUUUCUGAAGAACGAAAAAACUGGCGGAAGAUUUGUGAAAAGGAUAAUGCAGAGAAGGCAAAUCUCCGUAUUAUUAUAAAUAACCUCAAAGCUGAUGUUGAAAAGCUGAAGAAUCAAGAUGCGGAGGUUGAGAGAUUGAAGAAGGAGAAAGUUGAUUUGGAAGCUUUGUUGGCAGAAGCUCGUGCUCAUAGGGAACGUAGCGAGCAACGGGAGGUACAAGCUUUAAGUACUCUUGCCAUUAGGAAUAAGGAACUAGAGGAACUUACUGCUUUGGUUUCUGACCAGGAACAACUGAAAAAAGACCUGGAUCUUGCGCGUUCUGAACAUGCUGAGUCUUCCCGCCGCUUGACUGUGACCGAAGAGAAAUUGGAAAAUUCCGAGACGGCGCGGGUUUCAGCAGAGAGCGAGCUUGAGCCUUUAAGGAAUGACAUGACCUGGUUGAAAGAUCGUGGGAUUGCCUGUGUUGCUGAAUCUGUAUUAAACUCUAAAGAGCUGGAUAAGACUGUUGCGGAUUUAGUGGUUGCUGCACAGCGGGAUGGUUAUGCGCAAGGUAAUCCAAGGUGUUUGUCAAGAAUAGGAUCCUCACCCGAGAGAAUCCUCACUCGAUUUGUUGAUCUUUGUAUCGAUGGAGAAUCGAUUGAAGAAUUGAUCGAAAGGUAUGUCGAGCUGUAUUGGAUAAUGGUGAGUUUGAAGAUUACCAAGACAAAGGAGGAAUGGGUUAACAAACUGGAAAAUGCUUUACCGGGUGAUGAAUGGAGAAUGUAUCUGUCAGAUUGGAAGACGAGAUACUUAGAAGUGAGUUUGGGUGAGUUUAUCGAUAAGAUUAAAGAGCGAGAACUUGAACUACAAAAGAUUAGAAGUGAAGCAACUGAUGAAGCAAAAUGUAAAUCUGAUGAAAAUGUUCGAGAGGUAGAGGAACAGGUUAAAGAAAUUUCAGCGAUCAAGCUUGAGAAGAAAGCUGAGGAUGUAAAGAUGACCGAGAAGUGUUCAAGAUGUGACAAAUUUGAAUCAGACAAUGUCAAACUGUUAAAUACUGCGGCCGCGCUUGCUUCUAUGAAGGCGGAGUUUAAUAACUUACAACUCCCAGUUAUGGAAUUGAUAGAUGUAGCGCUGCAGUCGGACGAUCCGGUAACGCAGCUUAAAGAAAUCUUUCCUGAUGAGGAAGAAGUUUUAGAGUAG